AUGAGUACUUCCAACGAAGAUCCUGUCCCCCUGUCAGGGCAAUGGCCAGUUGACCCUCAAUAUGAUGUACCAAUUGCUGAAGACCGUAUAUGGGUGGAUGGAUGCUUUGACUUCAGUCAUCACGGGCACGCGGGUGCCAUGCUUCAGGCACGUAGACUCGGAAAGGAACUCUAUGUUGGUGUGCAUUCUGAUAAAGCGAUACUUGAGAACAAAGGCCCAACUGUGAUGACUUUGACUGAGCGUGUUUCUGCCGUCGAAGCAUGUCGCUGGGUGACCUGUUGUGUUCCCCAUGCUCCGUAUGUGACGCAAUUACCAUGGGUGUCUCAUUAUGGCUGCAAAUACGUUGUCCAUGGAGAUGAUAUUACAUCUGAUAGCAACGGUGACGAUUGCUAUCGAUUUGUGAAGGCUGCAGGGCGAUUUCGUGUGGUCAAAAGGACCCCUGGAAUCUCCACUACUGAUUUAGUCGGUCGUAUGCUCCUGUGCACAAAGGGACACUUUGUGAAAAAUGUGAAAGGUACACUUGCCGGCGAGGAAGGAUCUGUGAACCAAGAAGAACGGCGGUCAGCUGCCGCUAACCUUAUGCAAAGAAUUCGCGAUUAUGCCACUGACGAGACUGGUUUGCAGCCUGGCUCCCCUGUAUGGAUCUGGGCUGGCUCGAAUUCUGCCAAGCUUGACAAUACUACGGAAGAGCCUGGAUUAUUCGAAACAAUUUCAGGCGGGAAGCCGUCUAGACCAGGACAGAGAAUCAUUUAUGUUGAUGGAGGCUUUGAUCUAUUCUCUUCUGGACAUAUUGAAUUUCUCAGACAGGUUUUGGCACGCGAGGAUAGGGAAGGUCGUCAGCGUGGUUGGUACGACCCUGCAAUGAAAGAGAAAAGACUCAGGGAAUACGGAGAAGAUUAUGGCCCGGCUUAUGUCAUUGCGGGCAUCCAUGAUGAUGGUGUAAUCAAUCAUUGGAAGGGCUUCAACUACCCUAUCAUGAACAUAUUUGAGCGCGGACUUUGUGUUCUUCAGUGCCGUUAUAUCCAUGCCGUCAUAUUCUCCGCUCCUUUCUCACCAAGUGAACCCUACCUAAGAGCCAUGCCUCUAGGUGUACCGGAUGCUGUUUAUCAUGGGCCUACCACAUUUAUUCCACUUACAUAUGAUCCCUACACAGCCCCCAAAAGAAUGGGCAUUUUCAGAGAAACAGGUAGUCAUGAUUUCCAGCAUGUGAAUGCUGGCGAAAUAGUUGGGAGGAUCCUAAAAAGCCGUGAGGCUUAUGAAGAGAGACAGCGCGCAAAGUUACAGAAGGGAGUCAUUGAAGAGCUGAGGAAGGCCAAGGAAGACUCAAUAAAUUAGGCAAGCGACUUUGGUCUACACUGCCAAAAGUGCGAGAUGUAAGCAUUGUCAAUGCUCGUUCAUUGAUUUGUAUGCCUGGGUUCACAUAAUAGAGACUGAACCUGGAAGGGAAGAGGAUUAACUUAUAAUACCCACACCUAGCCAGACAGUAUACUCUCAGCUCUAACU